AAGGUUAUUCUACGGAGGAAUCGAAAGAAGAAUCGAAGAUGGCGGCACGUGGGAGAGGACGAGGGAGGGGACUGUCCUUCUCUGUUGAUACCCUAGGAUUUGGUAGGGGUGAAACUUUGCCGGCUGCAAUUCAGCAGCCACCGCCCCUUUAUCCGCUGCUGCUAUACAAACCAGUACCUCUCCAGAAAGGGGAAGAUUAUGAUUAUUUGCUAGCUUUAAAGCAGGACUUUCGAACAACAAUUCGCCGUUCACCAUUUUACCUCACCUUGGUGGAAAAGAAACAAGAUAUUGAGCGUUAUUCGGAUAAGUAUCAACUUGGUCAGCAAGAUGUUCAGGGCAACUGGACACCAAACUGGCAGCGUUUUCCUGCUGAGCUCAGAGAGAAAAGGGUGAGAAAACACAAAACACUGAAAGCCGCUACCCCUAUAGCAAGAAAGGAUAGGAAUGUCAAAGAAAUUGUGCAAAAAGUUCUUGAGACUUUAGAGAAAGCACCUGUUGAAGAGACUGCAGAGAAGGAACAAGUAGACACUAAAGGAGAAGAAGAAAAGCAGGAUGAAGAUGAAGAGGAGGAAGAAGCAGAGGAAGAGUAUGAUGAGGAGGAGCUUGAAGAAGAAACAGAUUAUAACAUGACCUACUUCGACAAUGGUGAGGGAUAUGGCGGUGAAGAUGAAGACGAAGAUGAUGAAGGAGUGUACUGAUUCAAUCUAGGUGGAUCCAUUUAUGUUGGACUUGCCAGGGAGUUUGGUUCAUGUCAAACAGGAGGUGCCUGAGAUGUUAGAUCACAAGAAUUCUACAUUUUGCCCAUUUUGUACUAUGCUGAUGUUUAUCCCGGCUCCUGUGUUGGUUUCUGGAAGAUAAUAUUGGCUUCUUUCACACUUACCAGGAUACUGAGAAAUGGCUAUUUAUCUCAAGGAGUUUGAAAGAAUUCAUCUUCUAUCAAGAUUGUACUUAAAAACUUCAUUGUGACAGCAAAUCUCUGAAGCUGGCUGGUUAGAAUGCUGGCAUCUGAACUGUAAUGUGCUUUUUUGAUAGCCAUUUAGUGCAGCUCACUUCUCCCAGUUGACCCAACUGGCAGGGAUGGCACUGCACUCCAAAGGAGGUUAGGAAAGGUAGGACAGCAAGGUUGAGAAGAUGGGCACUGCCCUAUGUAAAGCUGGCCACAAGAAAAGUGAAAACCUCACUCCCCAACGACUUGAAAAAGGUCAUAGGAUGGCCUUUACCUUUUUUUAAUAUGUUGAUCAAUAUUUGAUUUUCAAAAGAGUCCAUUGUGAAAUCUGUCUUCUCAUGUGAACACAAUUUGACAAACUUUUAUGUUAUGGUUGAAAAACCGCUUUCUGAACAAUGUGACAAAGAGUGAGUGAAAUAUGUGGUAUAAGCAGAUCUGGACAAAGUGUCAGGAUUUUACCUGGCAAAGAUCAAGACAAGAUGCAUGUAUGAACUUUAAGGUACAUGUCGGAAGAUAUUGUUUUAUGAAUCAUUCACUCAAAGAAGGAAAAGUUGAAGGCCAAGAAUUUCUCAGGAUGCUCAGUCACAAGGUAAUAUUAAAUGGUGUGAGGGACAAGUAAAUGCAGCUUUCUAAGCACUCUAGAUCCUGUUUCACUGUGUAAUAAAUGCUGCUAUAGUACUAUGUACCUGUCUUGUGCACUUUAGCUGAAAGCUGGAGUCAGUUUGAAGAAUUGGGAAAGUUUUAACAAGACUUUAAUUAUCAGUACAACAAACAUCAAUCCACAUUUUCUGUACAUAUGUACACAGAAAGUAUUAUGUCAAAUAAAAACAGCCAACAAAGAAAACCUCUUGAGAAAUA